AUGGACGUGGACGAAAAUAUGCACUGUUGCCCUCGGCAUUUUAUUCACCGUUUAAGCACAGAGGACAAUCUACCUCCUGUGCUGAAGUGCCUCAAGCCAGGCGAUGAACUUCUAGAAGCAAACGGAAGACCGCUGUAUGGAAGAAAUUACACGGACGUCAUCGAGAUCCUAAAAGCUCUGCCACAACACGUCACGAUGAUAUGCGCAAGGAAGCGGAAAAUUUCCACCACUAACUUUUACCAGCCAACGGAUCCGGUGGAUGUGUAUGAAAUUCAUGCAGCCGACGAAAAGUUGUUCAAAGCAAAAUCUGAAGUUCAGCUACUCGAAUCCUGCCGAAAAAGCUUCGACUUGGAGGAGAAAAUUUUAUUUUGGCGUUCACGUUCGUUGGAUACGCUCGAGAACUUGGCCAUCUGGUCGAACGUUCCGGACGUAAUCGAACUUGAAAAAGGCGACCGAGGACUUGGAUUUUCUCUCCUGGAAUAUCAGAGUGUCAACAAUCCAACUGCAAGGGCAGUUGUUAUCCGGUCACUCGUUCCAAGAGGCGCUGCUGACUUGGACGGUAGAAUAUUGCCCGGAUAUCGCCUGGUUUCGGUCAACGACGUGGACUUGCGCAAUGCCUCGCUUGAAACUGCGUCGGAAGCUUUGAAGAUGGCGCCAAGAGGAAAAGUUAAGCUGGGUAUUGCGAAACUCUUAACCCAGCUGGAAUCGGUAUGUUACGUCAUCGCCUUCGUUUGGAGUUUGGCUAUAGGACGUUAA